AUGAUAUUAAUAUCUGUUGCAGAAAAACCUAGCAAAGAGAAGACUUUAAAAAAUGUUUAUGAAAAUUCUGUACCAUCAACAAGUCGCGAAUCUCGAGAUAUAGCCAUGGUAGUCUACACGGAGAAUAAUUCAAGUGAUAUGGAAGAACCUUAUUCUCCAGUUGUAUCAGAAUAUUUACCGAGUCAUCACACAAGUCGUUCCUCAAGUCUAGUAAGAGAAUUAUGUUCUCCAUUGCCUUCGUCGCUGAUUCAUGAUAUGAUAAAUAGUCCUCAGAAUGAUUCAGAAAGUACCUUCAAAUUUGAUAGCCCUUUAAAAAUGCACAGUAUUGUAGAUUUCAUUGCAUCCCCGUUAAUUAUCUACAAAAAUAUAAACAUUAUUAAGAAUUCAAAAGAAUUAGCUGAUGAUAGUGAUAUAACAUCCCAAGUUAAUUAUUAUAGUAGAAUCGAAGGAGUUAAACCAUUAUCGCCCUCAAUAGAUAUUUCGUCAUCUUCUAUUGAAGAAAAUUCUCUCAAUUUGAAGAAUUUACCACAACCACGCAGAUAUCCCAUUAUCUUCAUCUGUUACAAAUACUGA